AGAGUGUGUCCGAGGUAAACUAAGCUCCUUCGCUUUUUGGUAGCAGGAGAGGAGUAUUGCUUCGGUCUCUGCGAAUAGUGGAGAUUCUGUAGUGUCGUGCUUGUGGAGGUGCUGUCGGUGGAGGAGGAAGAGCUGAAGAGCGGAGGGAUUCUCGGGGCGGUUGGUGACGCGCCUCUGCCGUUCUGUGGCGCCAGAAUUCGGAGCUGAGUGUAAGAAGAAGUUGCUGGUGCGGCUGCCGCUGCCUCCGGGUCCGGCUCACCGCGGCAGGCGGCCAUGGUGAUGCUUCGGAGCGGUUCGGGCGGUUCUAGCCGGCCCGAUUCCCGUCCCGUAGGUGGCGGUCCUUCGGUGGCGGCUGUCUCGGCUACAUCCAGCAGCAGUGGCGGUCGCCGGGACGCCCCGCCGGAGACCCCUUACGAUGCGAUGGAGACGAGCUCCGAGUUCCUCUCCUUGGAGGUCCUGACGCCGCCGUCGGCGCGGAACAAGCGCGGCACGGGAACCCGCUCCUCGGCAGCUGCCGGAGGGAGCCCCACCGCCAGCCGCAGAGCCAUGGCGGAGUUUCCGUCAGACAAAGAAUGUCAGCAUUUUACAAGACACUCCUUAAGAUCUAUGAGGAAAAAUAAUCAACAUUAUUCAAACUCUAGUUUUGAGAAGAGAAUGGCAAUGUUGAGUGAGAAUGGUAUUAACAGGAAACAUUUUACAAGGCAGCUGGCUAGACUCCAGGCUAGCAGAGAAAAUGAAGAUUGUGAAGAAGGAACUGCUGUAGCUCCUGUCACAAGGUCGCUGAACAAAGGAAUAAAUACAAAGCCUGCUGAACAUGUUGCAGAAGAAAACGGGGAUGUUGAAGUCCGUCGCAGUUGCAGAAUUAGGCGAAGCCGCUAUAGCACCAUGAACCAAUCAGUUUUGUUUGACAAGCUUAUUACAAACACAGCAGAAGCUGUACUACAAAAAAUGGAUGAUAUGAAGAAGAUGCGCCGGCGCCGGAUGAUGGAUUUGGAAGACCUUGGUGUGUUCAAUGACAGAGAGGAGGAAAAUCUUGAUGUGUACUCAAGGGGGAAACCAAAAAGAACAAUACAAAGAACUGAUGAAGAAACCACUGAUAACCAGGAUGGAAGUGCAGAAUCAUCGGAAGAAGGUGAAGACCAAGAAGAUGAAGAUGGAGAAGAUAAUCAAAAGCGCUAUGACCUUCGUCAGCGAAAAACUGUUGUGCGCUAUCAGGCCUCACCAGAAAAACCUAGACACCAAAGGAAACCCAAAUUAUUCUACCCUGAUGCAUCCUCCCCAGCCAGAGGAAGAUUUUCCUUUAGCCCUGCAGGACCAAGGAGCCCUUACUGUAAAAAGAUAAACAGGCGAAAACAUGCAAUUCAUAACAGUGAUUCUACAUCAUCGUCAUCAUCAUCAGAUGAUGAACAGCGUUUUGAGAGGCGUAGGAAAAGAAGUCGGAACAAAGCAUUAAGCAGGUGCCUUCCACUAAAUUUUAGGAAAGAUGAAUUAAAGGGAAUCCACAAAGAUCGAAUGAAAAUUGGAGCAAGCCUGGCUGAUGUUGAUCCAAUGCAAAUAGACUCUAAAGUACAAUUUGAUAGUGUGGGUGGACUCUCUAGCCAUAUUUCAGCUCUAAAGGAGAUGGUGGUUUUCCCACUGCUCUAUCCAGAAGUGUUUGAGAGGUUCAAAAUUCAGCCUCCAAGGGGCUGCCUCUUCUAUGGUCCACCAGGUACUGGAAAAACUCUUGUUGCCAGGGCACUUGCUAAUGAGUGCAGUCAAGGUGACAGGAGAAUAGCAUUUUUCAUGAGAAAAGGUGCGGACUGCCUUAGUAAAUGGGUGGGAGAAUCUGAACGACAACUCCGACUGUUAUUUGAUCAGGCCUUUCAGCUGCGUCCUUCAAUUAUAUUCUUUGAUGAAAUUGAUGGUCUUGCUCCGGUACGGUCCAGUAGGCAAGAUCAAAUUCACAGUUCAAUUGUGUCAACUUUGCUUGCUCUGAUGGAUGGCUUAGACAGCAGAGGUGAAAUUGUGGUGAUUGGAGCUACCAAUAGACUGGAUUCUAUAGAUCCUGCUUUGAGAAGGCCUGGACGUUUUGAUAGAGAAUUCCUCUUCACCUUACCAGAUAAAGAUGCAAGACGAGAGAUCCUGAAGAUUCACACACGAGAAUGGUCCCCUAAGCCAUCAGAGAUGUUUCUUGAAGAACUGGCUGAAAAAUGUGUUGGGUACUGUGGUGCUGAUAUUAAAUCUAUAUGUGCUGAAGCAGCUUUGUGUGCUUUGCGUCGGCGUUAUCCUCAGAUAUAUACCAGCAAUGCCAAGUUGCAGUUGGAUAUCUCUUCUAUUAAUAUAACAGCUAAGGAUUUUGUAGUGGCUAUGCAGAAGACCAUUCCUGCUUCUCAGAGAGCAGUGACCUCACCUGGCCAAGCACUCUCCACCAUUUCAAAACCACUCCUUGAAAAAACACUUCAGAAAAUCUUGGAAGUCUUACAAAAUGUCUUUCCACAUGCAGAGUUAGCACAAAAAGGAGGGGAGAAAUCAGAUUUUCCAAGUCAUGUGUUUGAUCCUGAUUUGCUGUACAGUGAUGAAGAGGGACCACCAGUAUUUGAAACAGGUCAUUCUCAGAAAAGUUCUGAUAAACGGAAACAAAAUUUCCUUAAUUUUAACAGAAGUGCUUAUCAUCAGCCAACAUCUUACCGACCAAGGCUCCUAAUAGAAGGAGAACCAGGAUUUGGACAGGCCUCUCAUUUAGCUCCAGCUGUUAUACAUGCUUUGGAAAAAUUCACUGUGUAUACAUUGGACCUUUCCAUUCUCUUUGGAGCUGGUGCCAAAACACCUGAAGAAACAUGUGGGCAGUUGAUCUGUGAAGCCAAGAGAACUGCACCAAGUAUAAUAUAUAUUCCAAGUGUUCAUAUCUGGUGGGAGACAAUCGGACAUACAAUGCAAGCAACAUUUACUACUUUGCUACAGAAUAUUCCAUCUUUUGCUCCAGUUUUGCUGCUUGCAACAUCAGAUGUUCGUCAUGCAGUUUUGCCACAUGAGGUGCAAGAAUUAUUUGCUGAUAGUUAUGGAGAAGUUUUUAAAGUACAGUUGCCUAGUGCAGAAGAGAGAAGAAAAUUCUUUGAAGAUUUAAUUCUUCAUCAGGCUGUGAAACCACCUGCAUCAAAAAAGAAAGCAGUUUUGCAGGCUUUAGAAGUAUUGCCAAUAGCGGCACCACCUGAACCACGGCAACUGACAGAAAAGGAGGUCAAAAAACUUGAGGAGCAGGAAGAAGAUACUUUACGUGAACUCAGGAUUUUCUUAAGAAAUGUUACUCACCGACUUGCCAUUGACAAACGUUUCAGAGCCUUUACAAAACCAGUUGACUUGCAUGAGGUACCAGACUAUGUCACAGUUAUCAAGCAGCCAAUGGAUCUUUCAGCGGUUAUCUCAAAAAUUGACCUUCACCAAUAUCUGUCUGCUAAAGACUAUCUGAAAGAUAUUGACCUCAUUUGUAGCAAUGCAUUGGAGUACAAUCCAGAUCGAGACCCUGCAGAUCGUCUCAUUAGACAUAGAGCCUGUUCUCUCAGAGAUACAGCAUGUGCAAUAAUUAAGGAAGAAAUGGAUGAAGACUUUGAAAAGCUUUGUGAAGAAAUUCAAGAGUCUCGUAAAAGAAGAGGUUGCAGCUCCUCAAAAUAUGCUCCAUCUUACUAUUACGUGAUGCCAAAGCAGAAUACCACCUUGGAAUACGUGAAAAUGGAUUCUGAAUGUGGUGAGAAACUGAAAGUCCCUCCAGCGCCUCUGGAUUCUAGUUCUCCUUCCCUUUCUAAUGCUUUAUCAAAGAAAAAACUUAGAAGAAAGAGUAGGUGGUGCCUGGGUAAUCUAGCAAAGCGGAAGAAGACAUCUCACUUCAAUAAAGAGAACAAAGCCCCAGAAGAAGAGCAAGAUGAAGGAGAGAGUGAUGGAGAAGAAUGUCAGGAAAAUCAUGAGUCCAGCUUAGAACAAGCUGAAGUUGAAAUAACUCAGGCAUCAUUGCAAGAACCUGAAAUUGUGCUUCCAGAGCAGCAUGCAAAUGGCAGUAUAAAUAAAUCUGACAGUGAAAAUGAGAGUGAGAAGACUGUUGAGAAUGGUUUUAAAUGUAGAUCAGAGAAGGGCAACAAAGAUACUGAAUGUUCAGAACAAGUCAAAGGGUAUAAUGUGGAUGUAAUGGAACAGACAUUAGAUAAAGACACUAAUGAUGUAUCCACACUUCGCAUGACCCGUGCAAGGCGCUCUCAGGUGGAACAACAGCAUCUCAUCAGUGUUGAAAAAGCUAUGGAGAUUCUCUCAGAGCAAACACCACCACUCAUUGUGGACUAUGCAAAGCUUAAUGAAUUGCUGGAAAUAGUUACUGAGAAAAGCAGAAACUACACUAUACUUCAGAUGGAAAAACUUUAUGCCUUGCUCAGCCAAAGUAUUUAUCGAUGUCGCAAAGACCAUGACAAAACCAAAUUGAUCCAGGAUUGAAGUUCUAUUUCCUUCCUCCACCACUGCCAAUCAAGAAGGAGAACACAUGUGCACACAAAGCUGCACAGCAAAGAGAUCAGAGAUGUGUGAAACAUUUUAUUUUAAAUUAUAGUUUAUUCACCACUAAUUUUUGUGCAGCUAAAUUUCCAUAUAAUUUGACACGUUUGCAAAUCUGUGGAAUCCGUGGGUUGAAUUUACAGAAAUCCAGAGUUGGUUGAAUAAGUUGCAGUCUUUUUUAACAUGCUUAGCUGAGGCAAUAAUCAUGCCUGCCAGCUUCUACUUUAGAUUUUUUAUUGCAUUCAACCUCAUAUAUUUACCUGUCAGCUUCUUCAGUACCUAGUAUAUUAGCAUAUCCCAGAGGAUUCCCACCCAUGCUUUUAUUAUUCUUUUUAAAAAUCUAUUUUAAUACAAAGAUUUGUAUGAAAUAUAUACAGCUUUUUAGCAAUUACAUAUAGGUUCUGCAGAAGAUCAAAUAUCUGGGUAAGUAUCCAUUUAAAGGUGGCUUACUAUAUGCCAUCCAUUACAAUAUAGGAGGUGAAUGUUUAUCUUUUCAUUGCUGUAGUAUCAGUCCUUUUGUUAUCCAAACAGCAUAGAGAAUCCAUUUACAUUGAAAAAUUUGUUAAGUUCUAGGAAGCAGGUAAAUAAAAGUGUAUGUACCUCAGUGAAUAUUAGAUUGUUCCCAUAUCAAAUUCAUGUAAUGCCCGCCCCCUAAAGGAGCAACUGUGGGACAUUGCCAAAGCAUUCUUUAAAAGAAGCAGUAGCUGCAUUGCACCACCAGCAAUUACCUGCACCAUAAAUGAUCCCUUGUUCAAGAGACCUUGCAGUAUCCAAUAGGCACGACACAUUUUUUUUCUAAGAAGCACAGAUGUGACGGGUAGGUGCCAAAGCAGUAGUCCACUGAUAGUGUGGUAUGUGAUGCUUAGAGUACUGGCCUGAGGACCUGAAAGGUCUGGGUUUUAGGUCCUCACUUGAUCAUGAAGCUGGGUGACCCUGAGUCUGUGGCAGACAAUUAGGCACCCUAUCUCACAGAGUUGUUGUUACAUUGUUGUUACAUUUCUAUACUGCCAGAGCUCUCUGAGCCAGUUCACAGCAUUUAUGCCACCUGUCCAGAUUCAACCAGGCCUGACCCUGAUAAGCUUCCAAGGUUAGGC